AUGCUUGAGAACUCUUAUGCAGUGACUAAGAAUUUCAAUGACAUCAAUAAGAUCCUCAAGAAUCAUGAUGAUACAGGAAGGGCAGGCAGACCUGUCUAUCAGACUACGGAAAAAAUCCCUGUCAGCCUCAAGCCUCUGGCUGAUCCAGUCAUGAUUCUUGGAAAAAACUGUGAAGAACCUCCUGGAGUUGAGCUUUUUGCUCCACUCAAAUGGUUCAUGGAUCUUCUGGUCCCAACACCUUCAGCUGUUUGCACUUCUGGUAUUCUUGACUUAUCUAUGUUCCCUUCCAGUCCAUCAGGAGGAUCACUCAACACAAAUCCCCCUCCACCAUUUAGACGUGUUUCUUCAGCAGUUAGCAUUCCAUCAGUGGGUCAACAGCUGGAAACAGAAAAGGGACUUUCCUCCCCUCCUCCUUCUUUGUUGUGUUCUUACAAACCUCUCUUUCCAGCACCAGCUGUAUCUGGAUACCCGGCUAGUGCUGGUCCAAAUAUCAUGGAUGAGGUCAUGUAUGUUCCAUAUUUGGAUGGAAAAUAG